CGGAGACACCAGUGACGAAAAAAGUGCAACUUUUGGUAAGGAGAUACUAUUGUGGUCCUGUAGAUAGAUUAUCAUUAGUUGGAUUGAUCGCCAUUAUAUUUUACUGUUUAUGGCAACUUUAUCCAUAUGGAUACAGUCUCUUUACAGAAUUCACUCCCGGAUCAUAUCUAGGAUUUUUUUUAAUAGGGCGUCAAUAUUGUGUAGUUGCAUUCUCAGAAAUUCAAUACAUCUUCUGUCGUAUCAGGUACAAGAAAAUCAACGCCGUCUGCAUAGUUGAAAAACCAAAUGAAUUGAUAUUCGGCAGAGCUAUAUAUAUGAUUGCACUCGCUUUAGCUGUCAUUUUUAAGGCAUCGAAAGCGUUUUUCGUAGAUCUGCAAGCUGCUCUUGCCGUCAAUUACAUCAUUUAUCAUCUUUUACUUACAGGAACUAUCGCAAUUUUCACUUAUUUACUUGAUAUUACGUAUCUACAAGAACACUCUGAGGAUUUUCAUGACCUUGUUCAAAAUGAUUUGGAAUCAAGAGCAGGAUUAGAGGCCAUUAAGCAAAUCGUAUGGAAGUUUUCAGGUAUACAAACAGCACCAAAUGGCACGAACAACAAACCACCAGGUGAAGACAGUGCUAAUAAUCUCGACCCAGAACCUACUUCACAAGCCAAAUAACUAAGUAAGAUUUCUGUAUGUAUGGUAUAAUAAAUGC